UGUUUGUGGGGACAAACGCCCCUGUGUGAGUGUUGCCUCCGAAGUUUCCUUCGACCGUAGUGCAUGUGAGGUGUAAAAUGUGAAUCCGAAUAGCUUGAUUCUCUAACCUUCACUUUUCCUUAGUCAUCAAAUCCUUGUCGCUUCCUCCCAAAGCAAAGACCUCACCUUUAUAAUCGUCUUUCUUUUUCAAUUCUAUGGCCACUCAUCAUCAUUGUAGACUUUAAGAGUAGUGAUCGAGGUGUAAACAGGGAGACAGCAAGAAGGCGAAGAUGUCGGAUUGGGGGCCGGUGUUUGUGGCGGUGGUGCUCUUCAUCGUGCUCACGCCGGGGCUGCUGAUUCAGAUACCGGGAAAGCACCGAUUCAUAGAAUUCGGCAACUUCCAGACAAGUGCGAUUUCCAUACUGAUUCAUUCCAUCCUCUAUUUUGCUCUCAUAUGCAUCUUCUUGUUAGCUGUUGGAGUCCACAUAAGCAAUUUAUUUUCGAGCAAAAUGGCGGAUUGGGGGCCUGUGGUGAUCGGUGUGGUACUGUUCGUGCUACUCCAACCGGGACUUCUUUUCCAGUUUCCGGGCAACAGCCGGCAGCUGGAGUUCGGCAGCUUGAAGACCAACGGCAAGGCCAUAGCUGUCCACACUCUCAUCUUCUUUGCUCUCUACGCUAUCCUCAUCUUGGCCGUCCACGUCCACAUCUACGCCGGCUAAUCCGGUUGUCUCAGCUUCUCUCUGUCAGAGUCUCAGGGUUUGGUUUCUGUUCAAGAUCUGUGUAUGUUUUUCGAUGAUUAAUG